UUUAUAUCCUUCCUUCCCGUACAUAGCAAACUACACAGACUAGCUUCGUGUUGUGAUUGCUACAGUCGCCAUGACUAUUUUCACUCAAGUGUUUACGUGGAUGUUUAUUAUGACACUCUAGCGUUUUCUUUGAAGAUUUCCAAUGAUGCUAAAAUAGAAAUACAGAAAAGGAGUUUGAAAUUUCGGAAAGUGGAUGAUGCGCAGCGGAUCAAACUUCCGUGCAAGGAAAUGAGGAUCAGUGCAAGAAUCUCCUUCUUCCUCCUGGUCUGUCUUGCUGCUUUGUUCAUCCUCUUUGAGUGGGUAGUGUACAUUCGGCAUGUGCACGUGCGAGCGAAGAUGUCGACUUCUGAGCUGCUUCAAGAAAGAGUCAAUGAAACUCUUUCAAGCAUCGAUGCAGUUGAGGAGCGACAGGUCAUAAACACGACCAUGGCGCCUAACCUGACCUACGUCACGCAGGAGCCUAAAGACGUCAUCCAUCGGUCGGCUUAUGACGAGAUUCUCGCCCUGCCGGACAGAAACGAGUCUAUUCGCCGACUGUUCGAGACUCACGACGUCAGUAACGAGUCGUACUCGCUUUUGUACGAGUAUCACACGCGGGUAGCGCAGGCGCAUUGGCAAUGCCCGGAAAUGACGCAAUACAUGCGAGGGCAGAGUAAGAUCACAGGAGUCUUCACGCAUGCGCCUUCACGUCUUGCCUACUGCUUCGUUCCCAAAGCGGGAUGCACUUUCUGGAUCCGAGUCUUCUCUUUUCUCAACAACUUUACGGGAGACGCUGGGCGUGUCCAAUCGCCUUGGGAACUCAAGAGAUAUCCCGUUCACAACAACCCACACUCCCACGGUCAGAAGUGGGAGGCAGUGGUCCAAGAGGUGCAGGACUACAUGCGCUUCCUUUUCGUUCGGCACCCGUUCUCCCGCCUGUGGAGUGCCUACCUGGACAAGCUGUACCUGCCCGACUUCUGGCUUGAGGUGGGUGUGCCGGCAGUCGCCCAACUGCGCAACAGCAGCGCAACGGCAAAGGCCAAACGCUGCGGAAGUGACGUCACCUUCCGGGAGUUCUUGGAGUACUCCCUGGAGGAGAAGGAGCCGCACUGGGACCCCAUCUUUAAGCGCUGCGAUCCCUGCAUCUACCGCCCCACCGUCAUCGGCAACAUUGAGACCUUCGAGAGAGACAGCCUCUUUCUGCUGCGCCGCAUGGGGCUGGAGUGGGUGCUGAAGCACGUGGAUCAGCAAGCGCAGGUGGAGCAGGAGCUGUCCACGCUCAUCGUGUACAACUUUGACCUCCUGCACUCGCGCACCUACUACCAGGGCUGCCUAGACGACGAUGGCAUGGCGCGACGCCUGUGGGCCACCUUUCAGAUGAACGGCUACAUUCCCAACGACGCCAACUACUUUCCGCCAUUCGCUAACGGCACCGUCGCUAACGAUGCCUUUUUCGUGGACUCGUUCCUGAAACAGGUUCUGGACACUGUCAGGAAGGCAUAUAACCGGAAGGACGAACUGAAAGAGCAGAAACGACGAGCUCUUCAUGACGCCUUCGACGCAGUCUCCAACACGUUGCUGGAAAAGCUCCUCGCGAAAUACGAGUUGGACUUGUUACUGUUCGGGUUCAAUGAACGCGACUUCUAGACUCAAUUUCUUAAUUACCUUGAAUUUCAAGCAGGUGGUAGGCCAUUCUCGAUCAGUUCUUUGCACGAAACUGAAGCCAAUCGAGAUGGAGUCAGCACGUGGACUGGCUAGUUAGCAACAAGUUGUGACUAGUUAUUAACGUGUAAAUAGUGCCAAAGCCUACGUUUUGCUUAUCGGGAUAGGCUGGCAGCCUUUGAUGCUGAGAGUUUAGGGAGUGGAUUGAGGGGUACUACUUUGUAACCCGUUAUAGCGGUAGCAAAUAGCAGCGAUAUCGUCUUCAUUUUGUUCGCUGUGAUAUACCAAAACUAUACCGCCAGUUCACUUCUGGUAAUGGAUGCGAUUGUCUUCUCUAGAUUCUCCCAGUAGGUUUUUGGUUGUGAGGUGGCAGUUUUCUUUCGUCACUACUCGACUGUAACCGGCACACUGUGAUAUCACUCUUGGUCUUAGUAUUAAUCCAUGUCGUCAGUAUGAAUGAUUCAAUGUCUACACCACACUGCAUCAUACCAGAACGUGAACCUAGGGUCAUUGGUAAACAUUUAUGAAUUCACAAAGUUCGAAAGAUUGUGUAGAGAUAUUUCUUUUACAAUGACUUUUGUUCGACAUUUUGCUAUUGUUAAGUUUUGUAUUUAACCUAUACUUACUGCUCUAUUAUUAUCUAUACAUUCGUACUUUAUUGUCUAGUUUAAUCUUAUUAUACUUACAAUAUAUAGUGUUGGCUGGUCACGGGUCGUCACGGCCAACAUUUUGAGUCUACACUGAAGUCCAACGAACCUUCGAGCAACGUAACCCAAGUGUAGUGUCUCUUGUGUCAACGGAAAGUUCUAGAAAUGCCAUAAUGACCAUCACUAACAACACAGACACCCAGACGCUUACUUUGCUGCCUUUUUUAAUAUUUGAAUGGUCUUCUGGAAGAAACGAAGAAAAAGCCACCAAUCAUCGCCGUCAGAUGUGAUCACGUGAUAUCUAGUAUGUUAUGUAAAGUAGGAUAUUCCGGCACCUGAUGGGGCUGUCCACUGUAUAACUGCGAUG